UAUAGUCAUAUUUAGGGGUUAAUACAGUCACAAUUAGUCAGCUGUUAUCGGUAAUAGCAGAGCUGUUUAAUUUUAAGGCUCGCAUUUCCAUCUCCAUCGCACGUUCGAAUGACGUCCGUCAACUUGUGCAUCUUGUAGUUUCGGAGGGUGCCUUGGAGAAGCCACGUGAUGAACGGGUCGCCAUGCUCAACCUUGAAAGUUGUUUGCACCCCGCCUCCAUACGGCGUCCACAACAUUGCCCGCAGAGAGAGGAUAUUGAUCUCGAAGCUGAUUUUGGCGACAACAACCCUUGGCCUACUGUACACAACCGGUCGUUCGCAAGCAACCGAGCAGGCGGAGGGCAGGAGCCGUAGGACUGCUUGGACUGACCAAACCGGCUAAACGCUCGACGACAUCGACGACUAUCGGCGGCUAUGGCAAAGGUGCAUGGUGUGAGGAGGUGGUGCGCCGGUCGACGGCGAAAAACAUCGUGUUUGUCGCUGCGCAGCGCAAUAUUUUCAGAGAAGAGCCACACUCACUGGUUCUGGCAAACGGUGUGCGGCGUUCCCGGUAUGAUGCUGAUCCGGCAAUUCCAUCAAAGUAGUUAGAUUGUCCAGCAAAACGCCAAUUUGCCGCGGAUCGUUUGGGUGCAAAUUUCCGCGGCGAAGGACGACACGAACACGGGAAGCGAGAGGCCCUGCGUGUUAUCAAAUAAGGUGCAUUUGGUGAGCUUGAUUCGGUGCGCCGCCGGGACGGACCGAGCGAAAGUCGUCAUGUGCAAAACGAAUUAGAUAAAACUAUCAACGUUGGGUGCUGUCGUCGUCGUCGUCGUCGUCGCCGCCGCUGUUGCUGCUGCGAGUGUCCCCUCCCUUGGUGUGUUCACGAGCGGAGAAGGGGAUUACGGUGGUGUCAGAGUUGCAUCACGACGGACGACGGCAGGUUUGUGGAUUGUGUGUGGUAACAGCAGUGUGGCUGGGCUGGGUAACAGCCACAGGGCGCCAAACCCUCCUCACUUGCCGAGAACGUUGGUGGACCUCCGGUGCAGUGCAGCACCUUUCUCGUGACGAAGCAGCCUACUCUGCUGGCCCAGAACAACGAACCAGUUCCUCCGGAAGAAUGGCAUCACGCGAUAGAGUGCCAAUUGUGGAUCAGCCUGGGGUGGAAGCUAAUCUCCGUCCCACCAGGUCACGCUCGCUAGAAGGAACCGACUCUGUGACGACAUCCAACGGUACCGGUCUGUCCGAGUAUCGUAAUCUGUUGGGUGCAGAGUAUCGCGAACAUCGCGAUAUGACGAAGCGCUACAAAGUGAUGGUACCGUUCGCGAAAGACGUGUCCGUGACGCCCGAUAUGCUAAAGAAGCUGGUACUGGGUAGCCAGCGGAUUCAGCAGAUGAUUGACGAGCAAACGGGGAUCGAUCCGAAGCAACGAGCCUGGCUGGCGAAAAAGAUUCGCGACAUGCUGGAGGAAAUAGCGCUGGCACAGAGUCUACCAGUGAUCCGGACGCUCGGUACGCUGCUGAAUGGCAUCUUCGAUCGUAUCUACAGUGGGCUGUACGUGAAUGAGGUGAAGCUAAAGCAACUGCAGGCCCAGUUCGGCAAACAAACCGUCCUGUAUCUGCCCAGCCACCGGAGCUACGGGGACUUCAUACUGAUGUCCUACGUGCUGUUCUGCUACAACAUUGCCAUACCGGGAAUAGCAGCCGGUAUGGAUUUCCACUCGAUGGCCGGAAUGGGCGAUGCACUGCGCAAGACUGGUGCGUUCUACAUGAGACGUAGUUAUGGCAACGAUCGCCGGUACUGGUACAUCUUCCGGGAGUACAUGCGGCAGCUGAUCGUGGCGUACGAGCGGGGUAUCGAGUUCUUCAUCGAGGGUACGCGCAGCCGAAGCAACAAGGCACUUACACCCAAGAUCGGUCUGCUGUCGAUGGCGCUCGAGCCGCUGUUUAUGGGUGAGGUACCGGAUGUGCUGAUUGUACCGGUAAGCGUAUCGUACGAUCGGCCACUCGAGGAGCAACUGUUCGUGUACGAACUGCUCGGUGUGCCAAAGCCGAAGGAAACCACCCUCGGAAUGCUCAAGGGCAUCGGUCAGCUGAUGUCGGAGAACUUUGGCACGAUCUAUCUCGAGUUUGGGGACGCUUUCUCGGCGAAGGAGUACUUUGGCGGGAAGCUUAACCGUAGCCAGCAUUCGAUCGCACCGUCGUUCGCCCAGAUUCUGUCGAAGGAGGAACGUGACGCCAUCCAGAACCUUGCCAACGAGGUGGUCCAUCUGCAGCAGCGUCGCAUGGUCCUUACCACCUUCCAUCUGGUCGCACUGUACUACAACUUCCGCAAGUACCAGGGUGAGUCGGUCACGCUGACGCAUCUGAUCGACGGUGUCCGGCAGCUCGGCACGUUGCUGGCCGAUCUGGGUGCCAUCACGGAGGUAGAGCAACUGGAAGGGCAUGCGGUGGAGAAACAAAUUCUUGCCGCGCUAGACGUGCACCGGAACAUUCUGCAGCUUACCGCGACCGAUCGGACGCUGGUGAUUGCGAAAACGCAUCAUGAUUUCAGCCAGGUGGACAAACGGAAGCUCAAGGGACACAACCUGUCCGAUGCGGUGAUGAAGCUAUCGGUGCCCAUCUUUUCGCUGCAACUGUACUGUAACCCAUGCCUGCACUGGUUGGCCGUUCCGGCAAUGGUUCUGCUGGUAGCAGCCUCCGCACCACCAUCCGUAGAUCGCGAAACACUCCGGAGGACGGUGCGACAGCUACGAGAGCUGUACUGUCUCGAGUUUGUGCUGUGUGCGAACCGUGAGGAACAAGAUUUCCGGGCAGCAAUCGAACACCUGGAUCGACAAGGAUUACUCCAAACGACCGGCGACGGUGACCAGCGGGUAUCGAUUGUGGCCGGGAAGGAAGAGACGGCUGCCAUUUAUCUCAGUGUCCUGGGACCCUUCCUGUGUACCUACCUGCAGGCGACUAAUGUAUUGCUAGACAGGUUCAGCAAACAACGACAGUCUUUCACGGAGAAGGACUACCUCGCCGAGGUGCAACAGUACGUGGAGCAGGUGCUGCUGCGCCAGGACCGCAAUGUGCACCCGUACUGUCUCUCGCUGGACAGUAUCAGCCUCGCACUGCACUCACUAGUCGCGCUCGGUGGAAUCACUAAAAGCAAACGCGAGGAGGGGGGAUACGUGUACGAUCUGUCCUCGAUGGCUACGAUUGAGGAGAUCAACCGGCAGCUGAAAGCGUACAGUGAGCUGCUUCCCUUCCAGUAUCUCACCUUCCAGAGUGCGGUUACGGGAAGCAAACUGUAGAUUAUAGGAGGAUACUCGACCGUUAGGACAACCACCGCCCGUCGCCAUAGCAACAUUUGCUUCUUUUUCUGCGGGUUCAACGCUAAAAAGACUAGCCGCUGGAUAAGAGGCGCCGACGUUUCCUUUUUAAUCGCUUGUUUUGUAUUUGCAUAAAGUAUUGCAUUUUAUUUUUUAACAAU